AUGGCGGACCAAGUCGGGUCAAGUGGAACGUCGGAGGAAACUAUGUCAGUGGAUGAACAGGAGCCGCUGGCUCCCAUUUCUAGAACGGAAAAUAUCUUGAAGUAUUCCAUGCUGGCUGAGCGUACGUGUGAAAACCACGCUUCACACACAUUGUAUAGCCAAGAUUUGUUCCCAUUUGAAACAGGCGUCUUCAGUUAUUACGCCCUCAAGACAAUCCUUUUUUUUAUCAGAGAAACAUUCGCAUCAAUAUUCCUGUACGUAACGCUGGAUAAGUUUGAAAAUCCAAAUCUUAUAACAAUUGUAAAAGUACAGUAUGGCAUAAUUACUUCGCUUUGCAUCAUAGAGAUCAUCUGUGCAUUUGUCGGCUUGUACGGUUUCUACUAUGAUAAAAUGAAGUAUAUGUAUCUGUUUUUGGGUAUCGUUGGUCUUGUGUUCAUCUGCCAACUUGUCGAGUUAACGGCGGCAGUCCUCUUAUUUAUUAAAGAAAAAAAGCUGAUCAACAAAAUGAUGGAUUACAACUUGCAAUCUUACGACGGGUCAGAGGAAAACAUGCUUACCAACAUACAAUACAAACACGGUGACAAGAUUAGAGAAAACUUACACAUGUUGCAUCCGGAGUCAAGUUUUGACUUUGAUCAAAUAUUAAAGAAUAGCAAAUGGGUCCUGCUUAUUAAAAGCGACUGA